AUGUGGAUGUGGUAUCAUUCAGAGAUUAAUGAUGUCCUUCUAUUUAAAAAUUUUCAUAUUGUAACAGUAAAUGAUAUGAUAAUAGCUUGUGUAAUUUUUGCUUUCUUAGCAAUUGCCUUAGAAGCACUUAAAUGGAUAAGAUGGCGUUUUUCUAUUUGUCAUGAAGAAAAUGUAGAAAAAAAUAAUACUAGAAGUUAUUGUUCACGUACCUUUGAUAAAAUGAACGUUUUAAAGACAAUAUUUUUUUCAAUACAAAUGAUUAUAUCAUAUAUUCUUAUGCUUGUUUUUAUGACAUUUUCAAUAUGGUUAUGUUUAUCUGUCUGUAUUGGAAUUAGUAUUGGAUAUUUUUUAUUUGGAAAUAGAGUAUUUAAUUUACCUGAUAAAGUUAAAUCUACUCCAAAAAAGAUAAAUGAAGAUUAA